ACCUCCAUGUCAGAGCUGCUCUUGAGGGUCGGAGAAGAGCUGCCACUCUCCAAGUGCCAGGACGAGGCGUCCCACCCUCCGGUGCCGGCAGACUGGGAACAAGAAUUGGAAGCUAAAGCUACCAAAGAAGUCGAAAGAAAACUAAGCAGGGCUUUCCUGCCUCAUUUAUGUGGAACUGAGAGAAGGGAUUUAGUGCAAGAAGAGGAAGAACAGUUGAUGGAAGAAAGGAAAAAGAGAAAAGAAGACAAGAAGAAGAAGGAAGCUGCUCAAAAAAAGGCCAUUGAACAAAAAAUCAAAGUGCCAGAACAAACCAAGACAAGCGUAAGCCAGCCCCAGCCCGUCACCUCCAACGGCACUUCCACAGGAACCAGCACUACUAAUAAUGCCAAGCGGGCCCCAGCCAGCAGCCAGCAGCAGCCCUUGCCUCGAUACCCUCCUCGGGAAGUACCACCGCGAUUCCGACACCAGGAACAGAAGCAGCUUCUGAAACGAGGGCAGCAGUUACCUGGGAUAGCUGCAAACCUGGGAUCCGCUCCCAAAGCGUUAAACGGCCAGUCAGGAGGCAGCACUGGCACCAACAACCAGCCCGUGACCAACGGAGAAGUGCCCAACAGCAGCAAAAAACAGCCAGGCAUGCCUCCCAUUCGGGACUUGGUGAGCCACUCCCCUAACCAGUCAGAUCUGAACCACAGUGGUCUAGGAUCCCAUUAUGAAAAUUCUCACUGGGGACCAGUCUCUUCAAAUAGUGACUCCAGCACAAACUGGGAUAAAGUUAUCGUAGACGGCUCUGACAAAGAAGCAUGGCCAUCAAUCACUGGCAGUGACCCAGAGCUGACUUCAGAAUGUAUGGACACUGACUCUGCCUCCAGCUCUGGGUCGGAGCGGAACCUCGUUAUCAUGGCUUCAGGGAGCACGGGCGGAGAAGGCGAUGGCAUUCGCAAUGGCAUCGGACAUGGGUCUCAGAAUAAGUUUGUGGUUGGUAGCAACAGCAAUAAUGUGGGCAAUGGAAGUAUUAAUGGGCCGUGGGGGUUAUCCCAUGGGUCCAUAAUAAGCACAUGUCAAGUUUCUGUGGAUGCUCCUGACAGCAAAUCUGAAAGUAGCAACAAUAGAAUGAAUGCUUGGGGCACCAUAAACUCUUCAUCAAAUGGAGGGUUAAAUCCAAGCACUUUGAAUUCAAAUGGCAACCAUGGUGCCUGGUCCGUGUUGGAGAACAGUGGACAUGCCCUGAAAGGGUCCGUGGGGAGUGGGAGUCCUGGCACAAGCAUUCAGUGCAGUACCAUAGGUCAGAUGGCCAACAGCCAGAGUAUUAACUCGAAAGUGGGUGCCUCGGCCCACGGUUCCUGGGGAAGCCUUCAGGAAAGUUGUGAUUCUGAAGUAAAUGGUACAAGGAAUGUUUCAUUCAGUGGGCAACCUCAAAACCUUAACACUGAAAUGAAUGGACCAAAUAACACUACUAACUUUAUGACCUCUAGUUUACCAAACUCUGCUGGUUCGGUGCAGAUGAGCGAGCUGCCCAACUCUGCAGGGCCCGGGGCCUGGCGCGUGAGCACAAUGAAUCAUUCUCAGAUUCAGGCCUCUCCAGUGGCAAACGGCACUUCCAUCUCUCACCUGAGCAACGGGGAGGCCAAAACCGGCGGCUCUUACGGUACUACCUGGGGUGCCUAUGGUUCUAGUUACUCUGGAGACAAAUGUCCAGGCCCGAACAGCCAAGCUAAUGGUGACACUGUGAAUGCAACUCUAAUGCAGCCGGGCGGCAGCGGGCCUGGCAGCACUAACUUUCAAAUCAACGGGAAUAAAGGCGGAGGGGUGUGGGAGGCAGGGGCAGUCAGCUCCCAGAACAUGCCGUGGGGGAACGGGAGCGGUGCCGGUGCCGGCGGGAGCAGAAGAGGAUGGGGCAGCCCCGCACAGAACACCGGCACCAACAUUUCCAACGGGGAAUGGAGCAAACUGCCCGGCAAUCAGCAUUCCAAUGAAGGAGUGAACGGAAACAGCAGGAAGUUUACAAAUGGAUGGAAGUCUGCUGAGGAGGAGGAUCUCGGCAGCCAGAGCUCUGCUGCCUCCCAGCUGGCCGAGCAGAACAGCACGUGGGCCAAAACAGGUACAGGGGACAGCGAGGGGAGCUCCGAGAGCGCCGGGUGCCACGAGGACAGAGCCGCUGCGGAGGGCCAGAACCGAGAGAGGAGGAAAGUUGACCAGCACACGUUACUCCAAAGCAUAGUGAACAGAACUGACUUAGAUCCGCGUGUCCUUUCCAACUCUGGUUGGGGACAGACUCCAAUCAAACAGAACACUGCCUGGGAUACCGAAACGUCGCCGAGGGGUGAAAGAAAAACUGACAAUGGGACAGAGGCCUGGGGGGGCUCUGUGACACAGACUUCCAGCUCAGGGGGGUGUGUGGAUAGACCUAGCCCUAAUAAUAACGAUACCUCAUCUGUAUCGGGGUGGGGAGAUCCAAAGUCUGCUACAAGGUGGGGAGACUCCAAAGGGUCAAACAGCCAAGGGGGGUGGGAAGAAGAUUCUGCUGCUACAGUAAUGGUCAAGAGCAAUCAAUCGUGGGGAAGUGGCAAAGAGGAGAAGUCAUCCUGGAAUGACACACCGAAGAUGAAGCAGGGAUGGGGAGAUGGACAGAAGGCCGGCCAGGGUUGGGCAGUGUCUGCUGGUGACAGCUGGGGUGAAAACUCUAGAAGUAACCACUGGGGUGAGGCAAAGAAAUCCAGUUCCGGAGGCAGCAGCGGCGACAGGUCGGUGUCUGGUUGGAAUGAGCCGGGUAAAUCAAAUUCUGUUACUUGGGGAGGCAAUAACACAACCCCAAACAACUCUUCAGGAUGGGAUGAGCCUGCGAAGCCUAAUCAGAGCCAGGGCUGGGGAGACCCUCCGAAACCCAAUCAGCCUCAAGUCUGGGGGGACUCCUCAAAGCCAGUCACCUCUCCUGAGUGGAACAAACAAGAUGUUGGCUCGUGGGGAGCCCCGUCUGCCACGAACAAACCCCCGGGGUCCGGCUGGCUGGGGGGGCCAAUGCCAGCCCCGGCAAAGGAGGAAGAGCCCACGGGCUGGGAGGAGCCGUCCCCCGAAUCCAUACGCCGGAAGAUGGAGAUUGAUGAUGGAACUUCUGCUUGGGGUGAUCCGAGCAAGUACAACUACAAAAAUGUGAAUAUGUGGAAUAAAAAUGUCCCUAACAGUAGCAGCAGUUCAGACCAGCAAGCACAGGUACAUCCGCAGCUACUGUCUUCAAGUGCCAUGUCUAGCAAGGAGAGCAGCUCGGGUUCUGGUUGGGGAGAGCCUUCUGCUCCAGCCACUACUGUAGAUAACGGGACUUCGGCGUGGGGUAAGCCCAUGGACACUGGUACGAGCUGGGGAGAGCCUGGCAGCGAUGCAGGAGGCACCUCUGGCUGGGGAAACGCUUCUCUUGGGCAGCAGCCUCCAAAUAAACCUGGGCCUAAAUCUAUGCAAGAUAGUUGGUGUGGAGAUGAUGUGCCAUUGAGUGGCAGUCGUCAGACCAGCUGGGAGGAAGAGGAGGAUGUCGAGAUUGGAAUGUGGAACAGCAGUUCCUCACAAGAAGCUAACCCAUCAUUAAACUGGCCACCCUACAUGAAAAAAAUGCCCACAAAGGGAAUAAUGAAAGGUGGAAAUAAGCAAGAUGAAACAUGGAUCAAUCCAUUCAUUAAGCAAUUCACAAAUCUCAGUUUUUCAAGAGAAUCGCCAGAAGAAACCAUACAGAGCAAUAAGAUGGACAUGUCUGGAGGGUUACUGCAGGACAAGCGGAUGGAGAUGGACAAGCACGGCCUGGGCGUGGGAGAUUACAGCCGUGUGGUUGGAAAGGGCCCUGGUUCUCGUCCCCAAAUUCCCAAAGAGUCUUCCAUGGAUCGCGGUCCUUACUUCGAUAAGGAUGGCAUUGUAGCAGACGAGUCCCAAAACAUGCAGUUUAUGUCCAAUCAAAACAUGAAGCUUCCCCCUUCAAAUAAUGCACUACCUAACCAAGCCCUGGGCUCCCUAGCAGGGCUGGGUAUGCAAAGCUUGAAUUCUGUCAGACAGAAUGGCAAUCCCAGUGUGUUUGGUGUUGGGAAUAUAGCAGCACAGCCCAGGAGCAUGCAGCAGCCUCCAGCACAACCUCUUAAUUCAUCUCAGCCUAAUCCACGUGCUCAAGUGCCUCCUCCAUUACUAUCCCCUCAGGACGGGCAGGGCGUGCUGCUGGAUUUGAGGAUGUUCAGGGUCCCUGGGAGCAACACCCCUCCCUGCCUGUGCCGCUGGGCCAGCGCUGAUGGCCCAGCCUGA